UACCGCUGCAGUGUUAACAUUGGACACCUCGUUUCUUCAUGUCGACUGACUGCAAGUGUAUCAAGAUGCCCUGCUCAGGCAACAUGUCGCACACAUCUCAGAAGCACAGGGACUUUGUGUCUGAGCCUAUGGGUGAUAAACCCAUCACGGCUCUGGCAGGCAUUGGUGAAGUUCUUGGAAGUAAAUUAGAAGAGCAAGGCUUCGAUAAGGCAUAUGUGCUUCUGGGACAGUUCCUUAUGUUGAGGAAGGAUGCAGAUGACCUCUUCAAAGACUGGCUGAAAGACUGCUGUGGAGCAAAUUCACGUCAAGCUGAGCUGUGUUCUUCCUGUCUGAAGGAGUGGUGUGCAUCCUUUCUAUGAUGUACCAGCCUGCAGUUUUGUUCACCUCUCUUAAUCUUGUCAAAGCCUUUUACAUGAAGUUAAAAUGAAUAAGCACUAGCCUGUUUUAUGUCCACUUACUAAUUUGCUUACUUUUCUAUUGAAAAUAAAAGGAAGUUAAUAGGUUU